CCCGUCGUCUAUAACUAUUUGUAUAAACUUUAAUUUUAAAUUUCUAUAUAAUCGUACAAUGUAAACAAUAUGUACCUGGAUGUUUAUUAUUGAUUAUAUAUUAAACGGAUAAAAUCGUGUCAUGAGUCAUUGUCAGUAGGGUAACUAAAAUAAAUUAUAGUCUAUGCCUUACAGUUAACCUGCUCAUUGUCAGUGCGAGAUUUUCAAUUGAAAAUUCUACAAAUUAAGAUUUUGUUGUAAAUAUUAAUUUCGUCGAUUCUGACGAUUGAGAAAACGGAAGGAAACACUCUGAUGUUUCUUCGAGAUCAGUGUUACAAAAUAUGCUUUGCGUAAAAUAUGCCAAGGAAAUUAGUACCAGGACUCUGCUCAAUGUACUUUCGAAGAACUAUUACUCUCGACGUAGCGACAAAAAUACCAAUUCGUACAAAAUUGUUCAGACAAAUGGCGAAAACUUAAAUGAUGUGGACGGUGCUGUACUUGGAAUAAAUUCGAACUGGGAACUCUUAACACCGACGGGAUUCAGAUUUUAUUUACCAGGAAGUAUUGGACCUGGCUGGUCGAAUGUAACAACCACCAUUCAAGUUAGAACGCAAUUAGUCGAUCUUCCUAGCAACAAUGAACAAAUUUCAACAAAUAGUUCAAAAGGAAAACCUGCUUGUCGACCGAGUCGUCUGAAAGGGAACAAUCAGCAGUAUUCGAUGCUCUAUUGUGUAGCUCAGGAAUGCCCUUUGUUAUUAAGAAAAGGUAUAGAGGAGUUAUUUCCUGGAUGUUUAGACGUUGGUUCUCCACAACUUACUAUAGUUACUGUCAAUCAAUCGAUUAAUCCGAAAGUUAUGAAAUGGAAUAAAGAAAUAGAAACGGAGAAACUAGCUAAAUAUUUUGUACUAGCAGCUUCGGAUAUUUGUGGGAAAUUGAGGAAAAUGGGUUAUUGGGCAGAUUUUAUCAAUCCAUUUAGUGGACAACCACACUUAAAUUUACAAAAAAAUGGUACUCUUUAUGAAACAGACGAACGUUUCCGUUGCUUAGGAUUUAAAAUAUUACAUAGGAGCAAUUGUAAAGUUAUUUUGUACGAUAAUAAUGCGAGAAAUUUUUCGGGAAAUCUGUAUACUACAGCACCUGCGAGUACAGAAUUUUUAAAAGAGAUUUUACACGAGUGCGAGCUUGUAAAUGUUAACGAAGAUUAAUAAAAAUAUAACGAGAGGAGAAGGGAGAAAAAAAGAAGUGUUGAUACAACAUAUGUUUUAACGAGUGUUAUGGUUUUUCAUCAUUUAAAUGGUAUUUUAAUUUUUGAAUUGAUCUGUAUUAUAUAAUUCUAAAAAGAAAUUUCAUUCAACGUAA